ACUGUAUGGACCUGGCUCCCCCAUCUUCUGGCUUUCUUGUGGAUCCAGCCAAUGGAAGAUUUCAGCAGGAUAUCAGAGCAUGGAAGGACAGAAGGAUGUAUCUUUCUUUUCCACCCUAUCCCCACUUGGAGCUGAGGUGCUAGCAGUGGCUACAACUAUAGGAUCUUACCCUCCUGGGCCAAAGAAACAAAGCCUACAAGUGGUGGUUGACAUCGUAUGUGAAGAACUGUGAGAUGGCUCAUUAAGCUCUACGGAGGUUUUAGCUCUGCGAGGGAGCAUGGAUUGCUCAGGCUCCUCGAGGGUAACUGACAAACCUCACUGAGGACUUUACGUGAGAUUUCCAUUAUGCUUCUUCUGCCUCCCCUCAAAAUUUGAGUCGCUGGAUUUUGAAUUUGCCUCUUUAACCUGCCCCUCCCAGGUGCCAGGCAGGAAAGAAAACACCAGGCCUCCUCGGUCAGGCAAGCGGGCCCUUUAAGGAAGACGAAAGCUGCGCUGAUAGGCUGAGGCUCGGAAUCCCUGCCACGGCCAGCCAAUCCCAAAGCUCUGCGGGGCGAGACGCGGUCCGUGCGGCGGUCUCGGACUCCGGCCUGUAGGCCUCUGCUUUGAUCAGUGUCCCCGCACUUCCACUGCCCAGUGUGGCCUCCUUCGGGAACCAAGGGAAAGCUCUUCUUCCUGCUUGGUUUCUACCUUUAACCUGUGGGAAUAUACCCUGAUACAUCGAAACUACAAUCCAGACCCAAGAGAGCAAGGCCAAGAAAAAGUGCUCAGUUCUUCAAGAUAUACAGUGGGAAGAAAAAUCAGGAAACAUGAAGCUAUAGAGCAGGAAAAGAUUUUGGAAAUCAUCCAGUUCAAUCAGCUGUUCUUAUGUCAAGAUGGGGUUUAUAUUUUCAAAAUCUAUGAAUGAGAACAUGAAAAGCCAGCAGGAGUUCAUGCUUAUGAAUGCCCGACUUCAGCUGGAAAGGCAGCUAAUGAUGCAGAAUGAAAUGAGAGAAAGACAAAUGGCUAUGCAGAUUGCUUGGUCUCGGGAAUUCCUCAAAUAUUUUGGAACUUUUUUUGGCAUUGCAGCCGUCUCUUUAACAGCUGGAGCAAUUAAAAAGAAGAAGCCUGCCUUCCUCUUCCCUAUCGUUCCAUUAGGAUUUGUCCUUACCUACCAGUAUGACAUGGGCUACGGGACCCUUAUACAAAGAAUGAAAGGUGAAGCCGAGAACAUACUGGAAACAGAAAAGAGUAAGUUGCAGCUGCCAAAAGGAAUGAUCACUUUUGAAAACCUUGAAAAAGCAAGAAGGGAACAGAGUAAAUUCUUCAUAGACAAAUGAAAUCAUGUUUACCCACCAAAUCUCAAAAUACAGAACUGUUGACUUGAAUCAUGGCCUUUACAAUUUUUUAAAUGCUUGAGAUUUUGAUAUAAUGGUUUUUAUUUUAAAACAAUAAAAUUUAAGAUGAACUUUGUUAAAUUAUUUUAAAAUAAAAUGUAUAACAUUCAACAAAAAAUCAUGGAGGUACUCUAAAUAACUUUCAGAUUUCCUCUAUAUGUGUGUAUAUCACAAACAUCUAAAUGUAAAAUUAAUAAACUAUAUUAUUUUGAAUUUCUGGAAGCAAAA